AUGUCCCACAGUCAACCGUCACGGUCAGAGUCAGAUGGCUCGCCUUCCUUGCGAGAUCGCAUCGUCGAUAUCCUCAGCCCUGGCUCGUCGUCUAGGGAACCUUUACCUGCCAACGAACCUCACGGCUCCCACCAGCAUAAUGGGACUGAUGCUUCCAACGAGAGGUCUAGGUUGCUAGAAGAUUACGAACGGAGACAAUCCAUUUGUGGGCUACGAGACUGCAAUCAUGGAACUUUCUCCCCGAAACCUGAAGAGCACGAACCCAGCUCUGUUGCAGGCAGUUUCCUUUGGGGCUCUAGGACUCCUGGAUUCUUAGUCUCUGGACUGCAAACACCGGUGACGGAUGGCACCUCGGUUACCAACAGGCUCAUCACGGAGAUGGGCCUGAAGAAUCGUCGGAGAAUGUAUCUCUCUUACUAUAUUCCAUUCGUCAAUUGGAUCACUCAGUAUCGAUGGGACUUUCUCCGAGGCGACCUUGUAGCAGCAUUGACUGUAUCGUCUAUUUAUAUUCCAAUGGCACUGUCUUUGUCGGCAAACCUAGCCCAUGCACCACCGAUUAAUGGCUUAUAUUCCUUUAUCGUACAGCCACUUCUAUAUGCACUUCUCGGUAGCAGUACGCAGCUUCUUGUCGGGCCGGAAGCGGCAGGUUCGCUUCUCGUAGGAACUGUUGUCAAAGCAACGGUUGAGUCUGGACACUCCAGUGAAUCUGACUUCCUGAUGCACGCUCAAGUCGUUGGUAUUGUGACUAGUUUAUCAGGUGCAUUCAUUCUUAUUGCUGGAAUAAGCCGCCUUGGGUUUUUGGAUAACGUGCUCAGCCGACCUUUCUUACGAGGUUUUAUCACAGCUAUCGGUGUUGUCAUUUUCGUCGACCAGCUCAUCCCAGAAAUGGGAUUGAUGGAAAUGGCGCGUGGCGUAAAUCAUGCUAGUACUGUAGAGAAGCUUGUGUUUGUCAUCGAUCACGGCAAGUACGCACAUGCGCUUACGACAAUUGUCGCAUUUUCUAGCUUCGCUAUCAUCAUGAUAUUCAGAACACUCAAAAAGAUGCUUGCGAAACAUCUUCCACAACUUGUAUACUUCCCGGAUCGAUUACUAGUGGUCAUCAUGUCAGCUGUCCUUACUUGGUAUUUUGAGUGGGAGAAGCAAGGCCUUGAAGUCCUCGGUGCCGUCAAACCAGGCGAGGGCAGUGAUUCGAGCCUCUUUCAGUUUCAUUGGCCGUAUCUUCCCAGCCAAAUGCAUCAUAUCCGGUCUGCACUCAGCACUUCUUUCAUAAUUGCCCUAUUAGGGUUCUUUGAAUCCUCAGUUGCUGCUAAAGGUUUGGGUGACGGUACUAGUGACGGCAUCAAAAGUGCACCGGUGUCAGCAAACCGGGAAAUGGUAGCACUGGGUGUGGCUAAUGUUACUGGCGGGCUUUUCACAGCCCUUCCGGCUUUUGGUGGUUACGGAAGAAGUAAAUUCAACGCAUCUGCAGGAGGACGAACGCAAAUGAGCGGCAUCUUUUUGAGUCUCAUCACAUUUAUUGUGGUUGUCUUCUUCUUGGAUUAUCUUUAUUAUCUUCCAAAAGCUGUACUUUGCGCAAUGAUAUCAGUGGUCGCCUAUUCUUUGGUUGAAGAAUGCCCACAUGAUUUGCGUUUCUUCAUUCAGGUUCGAGGCUGGUCUGAGCUUGUACUAAUGAUUAUAAUUUUCCUAUCAACGAUCUUCUAUUCUAUUACGAUGGGAAUUGCCCUAGGCUGUGGUUUAUCUCUUUUACGUGUUAUUCGACAUGCCACCAAGCCACGGAUUCAGAUUCUUGGCAAGGUCUCGGGGACACCGGACCAAUUUGAAAAUGCUGAGUUGUAUCCUGAGAAAGUCGAGUUUAUCGAAGGGUGCCUGAUCGUCAAAAUACCUGAGCCUUUGACUUUCGCAAAUACCGGAGAUCUGAAAAGUCGUCUACGUCGAUUAGAACUGUAUGGAACUAGUCGUGCCCAUCCGGCGCUUCCCAGGGUAAGACCAGUUGAAAGUGACAGGAACGUCAUUUUCGAUGUUCACGGGGUUACAGGCAUCGACGCUUCUGGGACACAGGUCCUACUCGAGAUCGUCGAGGACUAUGUUAAUCGUGGAGUUCGUGUCUUUUUUUGCCGUCUUCCUUCUCUCAAUGGCUCGGUUUUUCAACUUUUCGAACGCAGCGGGAUAGUCGAGAUGUGCGGUGGGCUAACACAUUUUGUCCCAAGCGUGGACGAAGCUUUACGACUGACUGAAGUCGAGGACUUACAAGAGGCUUUCGUAUGA